AAUGAACGAGCGAACGGACGAACCCACACCAUCACCACCACCGGCCACCCUCUCCCUGCCCUGGCCCCCCCCGCUUCGCCUACUCCUGCUCCUCCUCCUCCUCCGCCUCCCCCUCCCUCCUACAAAUAGCCACCACCACCACAGUGACGCAGCCGCCGCCGCAAACGUCGCCCCCGACCGAAGCCUAGCCACCACCAGCAGCACCAGCAACCUCGCGUAGCAGCGCUCGACACCGCUGGACGCCCCGCGCCCGCGCGAAAGCAGGUAGGAUCGGAGCACCCUGUUUCCUCCGUGGUCACAGCUUCGCCAGUUGGUCGUCCUUGUUCCUUGGCAAAAAGGACCUUGAUUCUGUCGUUGGCGAUACCAUGGAUGUGUCCUACGAGAAGUGUGCUGAUCCGUCGAACUCGGACCUGCCUAGCGCUGUUGUUGAUGCUGAGCGAUACGACGAUGGCGGCUCCGAACACCUGGGAUCUGCUGUAGUAGAGGGAGCUACUGGAAACGAAGGGAAUUCGGGGACCGAAAGUUCCGAGCAGACUGGUGAUGAGCGCGCUGGAGGAGGUGAAGGCUCUCCUGUUGAUGUCGAAAACAGCGCUGAUAAACAAGAGAGCCAGGAGACGACGGUUCCGAUGGAAGAAACAGAAACGAGCGACGGCACCUCGAUCACGUCGAUGGAGGAUGCCCUGGAACCGAACCGUCAUCACGAUCUCCCGUCGGAGCCUGAGGAUGUGGGCAACCACACUCCUGAUCCUGAUCAGUCCAGCGGCAAGAACUCCAAAGGAAACAGUAGCGUGUUCCAGAGCGCAAGGAGGGUGCUGGCUUCAACCAAUAAGAAAACUCCAUCUGCAACUGCACGGAAGCCACUGCAGUUGACUAACAGAGGUAACCAGGAUGACGCGAAAUCGUCGGCUGGAAAGGCCGCCACGGUUCCAUCAGGCCCGGUUUUCCGCUGUACUGAACGGGCCGAGAAGCGCAGAGAAUUUUAUAUGAAGCUGGAGGAGAAGCAUCAAGCUAUGGAGGAAGAGAAGAUUCAGUUGGAGGCUAAGUUGAAGAAAGAGCAGGAGGAGGCACUGAAGCAGCUGAGGAAGAGCCUGACCUUCAAAGCCAACCCCAUGCCGAGCUUCUACCACGAGGCGACGCCGUCCCCGAAGGCCGAGUUCAAGAAGCUGCCCACGACCCGGCCCAAGUCGCCCAAGCUGGGCAGGAGGAAGACGGCCUCGACCUCCAUGGAGACGUCCAACUCGUCGUCGGAGAGCGAGGGCACGAGGCCGUGCUGCCGCGCCAGCCGCGACGGCCUCGACAGCAGCUGCAGAUGCGGCGGCAGGAGCAGGCCGCAGGCCGCGAACGCCAAGCCGGCCGCCGGGCCCAAGAAGCCGCCGCCGCAGCAGCAGCAGCCGAAACACCGCGCCCACAAGAUCGCCGGCGAGGGCGCCAUCAACAUCGCCGUGCACUAGCCGCCGCCGCCGCUUCUUGAAACUUCUUUCCGGUCGCAUGCAUGCAGGACGAUGGCGAUGGCGUGCGGAUUUUCCUUCUAAGUUAUGAGAGUGCUUUGUCGGCUUGUGGAUUUGGUGUAGAUAAUAAUAUAAGUUAUGGUGACGACGAACGAACAGGGGCUGCUGCCACGAGUGAGGCCGGUCAGUCAGACAGAGGUGGUGGUGUUUAUUGCUUGCUUGCUUGUUUGUCUGUUUGUUUGUUUAUUUAUGCUAAUCUUAUUUAUUUAAUCUGCUGUCGAGGAUGGCCUGCGCAUUGCCACUGUGCAGCGCUGCUUGUUUUUUCGUCUUCUUAAUUUAUGGGGAGUGGUAAGAGAGACUUGAGCGCUGGAUGUAACGUGUACAAACGAAAACGAAGGCUUGCUGGUGGUGGUGAUGGAGGAUUUUAUCUGAACUAUGCUCACUCGCUGCAUUUC